GUUCGGGCUGGGGCUGUCGGCCGCGGGGCGGAGGCACUCGCGCGGGGGGUAACUCGGGUCUGGGUUCGGGUGCCGCGCAGCUCUCCCCGGAUUGACUUGGCCUCUACUUCUUGUUAAGAAAAUACAUCUCUUGUUUUAUCAGGUGUGUGUGGUUUCAGCGCAGCAUGGCUGUGGUCAUCCGUUUGCAAGGUCUCCCAAUUGUGGCGGGGACCAUGGACAUUCGCCACUUCUUCUCUGGAUUGACCAUCCCCGAUGGGGGCGUGCAUAUUGUAGGGGGUGAACUGGGUGAGGCUUUCAUCGUUUUUGCCACUGAUGAAGAUGCAAGGCUUGGUAUGAUGCGCACAGGUGGUACAAUUAAAGGGUCAAAAGUAACACUUUUGUUGAGUAGUAAAACGGAAAUGCAGAAUAUGAUUGAACUGAGUCGUAGGCGUUUUGAAACUGCCAACUUAGAUAUACCACCAGCAAAUGCUAGUAGAUCAGGACCGCCACCUAGCUCAGGAAUGAGUGGCAGGGUAAACCUGCCUACAACAGUACCUAACUUUAAUAAUCCUUCACCCAGUGUAGUUACUGCCGCCACAUCUGUUCAUGAAAGCAACAAAAACAUACAGACAUUUUCCACAGCCAGCAUAGGAACGGCUCCUCCAAAUAUGGGGGCUUCUUUUGGGAGCCCAACGUUUAGCUCAACCAUUCCGAGCACGGCAUCUCCAAUGAACACAGUCCCACCACCACCAAUUCCUCCAAUCCCAGCGAUGCCAUCUUUGCCACCAAUGCCGUCCAUUCCCCCAAUACCAGUUCCUCCUCCGGUACCUACAUUGCCUCCCGUGCCUCCUGUGCCCCCAAUUCCCCCAGUCCCUUCUGUGCCGCCCAUGACCCCACUGCCACCCAUGUCUGGCAUGCCACCCUUGAACCCGCCACCUGUGGCACCUCUACCUGCUGGAAUGAAUGGCUCUGGAGCACCUAUGAAUCUGAACAAUAACCUGAACCCUGUGUUUCUGGGUCCAUUGAAUCCUGUUAACCCCAUCCAGAUGAACUCUCAAAGCAGUGUGAAACCACUUCCCAUCAACCCUGAUGAUCUGUAUGUCAGUGUGCAUGGAAUGCCCUUUUCUGCAAUGGAAAACGAUGUCAGAGAUUUUUUCCAUGGGCUCCGUGUUGAUGCAGUACAUUUGUUGAAAGAUCAUGUAGGUCGAAAUAAUGGGAAUGGAUUGGUUAAGUUUCUCUCCCCUCAAGAUACAUUUGAAGCUUUGAAACGAAACAGAAUGCUGAUGAUUCAACGCUAUGUGGAAGUUAGUCCUGCCACAGAGAGACAGUGGGUAGCUGCUGGAGGCCAUAUCACUUUUAAGCAAAGUAUAGGACCUUCUGGACAAACCCAUCCCCCUCCUCAGACACUUCCCAGGUCAAAAUCGCCGAGUGGGCAGAAAAGGUCAAGGUCAAGAUCACCACAUGAGGCUGGUUUUUGUGUUUACUUGAAAGGGCUACCAUUUGAAGCGGAAAACAAACAUGUCAUUGAUUUUUUUAAAAAGUUGGAUAUUGUGGAAGAUAGUAUUUAUAUUGCUUAUGGACCCAAUGGGAAAGCAACUGGUGAAGGCUUCGUAGAAUUCAGGAAUGAGGCUGACUAUAAGGCUGCUCUGUGUCGUCAUAAACAAUACAUGGGCAAUCGCUUUAUUCAAGUUCAUCCAAUUACUAAGAAAGGUAUGCUAGAAAAGAUAGAUAUGAUUCGUAAAAGACUGCAGAACUUCAGCUAUGACCAGAGGGAAAUGAUGUUAAAUCCGGAGGGGGAUGUCAGCUCUGCCAAAGUCUGUGCUCACAUAACAAAUAUUCCAUUCAGCAUUACCAAGAUGGAUGUUCUUCAGUUCCUAGAAGGAAUCCCAGUGGAUGAAAAUGCUGUACAUGUUCUUGUUGAUAACAAUGGGCAAGGUCUAGGACAGGCAUUGGUUCAGUUUAAAAAUGAAGAUGAUGCACGUAAGUCUGAACGCUUACACCGUAAAAAACUUAAUGGGAGAGAAGCUUUUGUUCAUGUAGUUACUCUAGAAGAUAUGAGAGAGAUUGAAAAAAAUCCCCCUGCCCAAGGAAAAAAAGGGUUAAAGGUGCCUGUGCCAGGUAAUCCUGCAGUUCCAGGAAUGCCCAGUGUGGGUAUGCCCAGUGCGGGAAUGCCCAGUGCAGGAAUGCCCGGUACAGGAAUGCCCGGUGCAGGAAUGCCCGGUGCGGGAAUGCCUGGUGCGGGAAUGCCCGGUGCAGGAAUGCCUGGUGCAGGAGGUGAAGAGCAUGCCUUCCUGACUGUAGGAUCUAAGGAGGCGAACAAUGGGCCUCCAUUUAACUUUCCUGGUAAUUUUGGUGGUUCGAAUGCCUUUGGGCCACCACUCCCUCCUCCAGGAUUAGGAGGGGCCUUUGGUGAUGCUAGGCCUGGUAUGCCUUCAGUUGGAAAUAGUGGUUUGCCUGGUCUAGGACUGGAUGUUCCAGGUUUUGGAGGUGGACCAAAUAAUUUAAGUGGGCCAGGAUUUGGAGGAGGCCCUCAGAAUUUUGGAAAUGGCCCUGGUAGUUUAGGUGGCCCCCCUGGCUUUGGAAGUGGCCCUCCUGGUCUUGGAAGUGCCCCUGGGCAUUUGAGUGGGCCACCAGCCUUUGGGCCUGGCCCUGGUCCUGGCCCUGGCCCAAUUCACAUUGGUGGUCCGCCUGGCUUUGGAUCUAGUUCUGGAAAACCAGGACCAACAGUAAUUAAAGUGCAGAAUAUGCCCUUCACUGUGUCUAUUGAUGAGAUUUUAGAUUUCUUUUAUGGCUAUCAAGUGAUCCCAGGCUCAGUGUGUUUAAAGUACAAUGAAAAAGGUAUGCCCACAGGUGAAGCCAUGGUGGCCUUCGAAUCUCGGGAUGAAGCCACAGCUGCUGUCAUUGACUUAAAUGACAGACCUAUAGGCUCAAGGAAAGUAAAACUUGUCUUAGGGUAGCUGUUCACAUCAAUUCUUUAUAGGGUAGAUCUUCAUAGUGCUGUGAUUAAUGCAUCCAGAUUGUUUUCCUAGUAUUUCCAGGUUAGAACCUGUGGAUUGUUUCAAUUGCAUAUAGAUUGGUUUCUAUAACAUAGAGCAUUGGUUGACUGUUUACAGAAGACUCACUACCAGGAUGAAUAUUGCUGUAUGUUACAGUAAAGCUGUCUGGAGAGAACACAAAAAUGAUUUUGGCGUAUCAUUAGAGAAACCAUUUGUAAAACACAAAUGACCACAUAAAGCUUAUCAAGGAGUUUAGAUUGGUUUUGUUUUAUACCAUAUGGGAUGAAGAAAAUAGAAAUGUCAAUAGAGCUCAUUAAGGGUGCUCUUGCCAGCUGCUGAAAAAUAGAAGUUGGCUACUCUUGGAAUUUGGUUUAAAGCUGGACAGAUUUGCUUUGUUAUAGGGUCAAAGCUUUGUCUAAAGUCCUCAUUUUCUUUUAAAAUUGAAUAAAAUCUCUGUAUACAGAUUCACUGUAUGUACCUUUAUUGCUUCUUGAGGGUUCUUGCUGUAUAGACAGUCCUGCUUCUGAAGUUGCUGCUUUUUUUGUUUGCCUAAUUGACUCAUUUGUAAAUGAGCAGAACUGUUUUGUUGUUGUUGUUUUAAUAUAAAACUCCACACUUGGUUUGUGCUAUAACCUUGAAUUUUGAUUUCUAAUGUCACAGUUAAAGCUGUGUGAAAUAAGAACUUUUGCCACAAAAAUAAAAUAUGGAGUCCUCUACCUACCAGAGCCUUUUUGGUUUGACCGCCAUGUUUUAGUUUAGUCAGUUUAAAAAUUGUUCAUGUUGUUUGGAUGGCAUCAAAAACCAGAAACCACUUCUAAUAAUCAUUGUUUAAGAUGCCAGAUUUGAAGUCCUGUCCGUGAUGGACUAAUGUUCUGGCAAUUUCCUUCUGUCCCAAAUUUGUGUGAAAUUUUGGCCUGUAACUAAACAAAGAGAGUCCAUUUUUAAGAAAGAGCAUUAUAUCUAGGGUUUUUUUUUUAAACUGAAGUUGAAAUUGUUAGCUUUGUUAGCAGUAGUGUUAUAGAAAAAAAGAGUCAUAAGCUGUUCCAUAGAUGUGCAUUUAAUCCUGUUACUUGGAGGCUUUUUGGUCUAGUUGUUUGAUCAGGAGCCUGUUCAUAAAAAUUCUUCAUACAGAGUACAAGUGCAGCUGCCAGAGGGGAGAGAUUUGAGACUCUUUGCCCUUUCAUACUCUUCUUUGGCAUUCAGGACACUUAAGGCAGGAGGACCACAUGGGUUCUGGUUGGUAAGUGUCCUUGUAAUGAAAACAUUUGCCUUACAACAUCUGCUCACUGCUACAAAAGGCUCUACUUAUGAUUACUUUCCUUAGUUACAAUGCUCUAAAGAUGUGUCACAUUAUAUUAUAAACAUAUGGAAUGGGAGAUUGGAGAGAGAUCAUGAAAAACAAAUUUUGUCUUUUACAUGGGUCUCUGUCUUGGUUUGAAACAUCCCCAACAUUUCCUGCAAAUCAAUGCACUUACAAAGGGGUCAGCCUUUUAAAAGAAGUAUUUCCUAUUAAAAAAAAUAGUGCCUUUUUGGUGUUGCAAGUCAGUGGAACACUGAAAUACAGCGUCUCGUGUAAUUUAGAGUUAAGAGUGGCAGCAGUUUCAUUUGUGUGAUAAGAUUUGGAAAGCUUUUUCAUCACUACAAUGUUAGAGGAUUGACAGUACAGGAUUUUUUGUUUAGGGAAAGGAUUGUUUAGACUUUCAAAGAAGACAUGGCUGUGUUGUGGGUGUUUUGACAAUUCAUGAAUACAAAUUUGCUUUGACAGAUCACUAGAUAUUGCCUCCUCAACUAAAAAAGCAAUAUGAUGUUUAUAUAUGCUGUUCAAUUUAAGUUUUCUGUUAAGUAAUCAUUUCUCAUUCCAAAGACCGAGUGCAGAAAACUUCAGCGCUGCUUGGGAGUCUUAUUUCAACUGCAGAUUAUUUUCCCCAUUGGAGAGCUGACUAUUUUCAUUUUAGAAAAAUGGGUUGUUUGAAGAUAAAAGCCCUUUAUCUUUUUUCACAGUUUAUUUUGGUUAUAUGUUCGUACAAUCUUAUUAAAUACUUCAUAUACUUUAUUGCUACUACUUUGUUAUUUCUACAUCUUAGAUAAAUGCUGAAAAGGAAAACUUGAUUUCAUUGUUCAUCAAAUUAAAUAAAUUAAGAAAAUAGUGGUUUGUGUAGAAUUUGGAGAGAACUAUGUUUCAUAUUUGGUUGAGUCACAACAGUGCUUCUCUUGUUGUGAAAUGUAAUUAAAUGCUUUGCCCUCUGGAACUUGAUUUUUGUGUAUCUGAGACUUAUUAAUAUAGUGCUAAUUGCUAAGCAUACUGUUCAUCUUGUUCUGGGCAUUGGAGUUUGAGUUUUUAAAAAAUUCUUGAAAAUAUGUUCUGUGCAAUCACUCAUACCUCUCUUCCUGCAAAUUUUCUCAGAAGAACUAGGUUUGGGGUGAAAAUGAAUUUAUUUUCUCAUUUGCUUUGUAUGGUAUGAAGGAUUUGUAAAGCUUUGCUCAAAGUUGUGUGCAUUUGUAAACACUAUCAUGAUAUUUUCAAUUUUAUGUGUAAAUGUUGUCUUUGGUGACUGACAUGAAUGGAAGAGAAUCUUUUCCAUUAGGUUUAAUUCCUCCCACCCUCCUGCCGGGGUGUUUUGGGUUUUUUUUAGUUUAAAGGAUUAGAGAUACCUACAAAAUGUAUUUUAUAAAUAAGCAAAUUUGUAAACUUUCUGAAUUUCAGUGAAACAUUUAGUUCACAAGCAAAAUUUGGAGGUGUAUUCUGUGUUUAAUACUGUAGUUUGGAUGUACAUUUAUUAGUGGCUUUAAAAAAAAAUGCAACACUGUUAAGUGAAAUGUAGUUCCUAGCUUUGUGCUCCAAGUUGUCAAAGCAUCAACCAUGAAAAUUUCAUUAGGAAAUUUUUAUUUAGAAUUUCUGAGAGUAAUGUUCAGUGUAAUUAGGUCAGUCUUAACCCACUGGAUGAAAGUCUAGGGCUGUGUAUGGACAUAGCAGACAUACCUUGGAUAAAAUAAGGAUCCACGAAAGCCUUAAUCAAACUCAGAGUCCUUUUUAUUGGAUUCUGUCAUUGUGUACAGGUGUGGGUCAAAUGUUUAAAAAUAAAUCCACUCAUCAAUUUCAAGACCACUUAAAAAUGAGUAAAGAAACCGUAAAGUUGGCUGCUAGUUAAAUCUGUAAAGAAUUUCUAGCAGUGAUCACUUUUAAAACUUAUUUCCCACUCUUGGAAAAUUACCACAUUUAGUUUUACUGGCAGUUCUAUAGUAGUCCAAGCGUUAGAAACCAAACACAAUAAAAUAAUUCAUUGCCAAUAUGGCCAUGACAUUGCCAGCAAAUACUGCCUUGGCAUCAUUCAGCAGAGGUUUUUGUUUAUAAAGAUGAAGUCUUGAAUACUGUUCAAUAAACUUGUCACAAAAUAAAAGAGGCUGAUGCUUUUAAUGCUUUACACAAGAGUACUCUACUGAGCUAUACCAUCAGGUUUUUUGUUUUUGUUUUUUAACUCCUACAAAUAUUUUGUGCCUUUGGAAAGGUGGAUUUGGUGAUCUUGGAGGUAACCAUUAUUGCUUAUCCUUGUCUGCUAAUGCUGAAGUGUGGAAAGAAGAUACCUGGAACGGCAGGGAGGAAACUUAAUUCUAGGUCAAAUCUGUGGUAUCCACCUUCUCAGACUUCUAUUUCAUGUGCUUUGCUUGACAGCCACUUCGUAAUGUGGACUGAGAAAGAACCAGAAACCAUGUGUUCCUUUUUACAGAAGGUGUCUUGAAGGGAUUAUCUUUUUAAAAACUGAUUACUUUAAGGAAUGGGAAAAGAAAUCUUUAGAAUACAUUGUCAAUUGCACAUACUUCUAAUUAGAGCUUUUUUGUCUACUUAUUCUUGCAUUAGUAUGUGAGGUAUUUUGAGGUGGGGAAGAGGGGAGAGGAAUCAAAAAUAUUGCUGCUUUCUGACAUUGAUGCUCUGGUUUUGUCCUUUCCACAUAUGUUCAACUGCUUUAAAAAAAAUUAGUAAAUGAAAAGUUUCCAUGAACUCCGGAGUCCUUUAAAAAUAAUCUGGAUUGGAGUUGCAGAGAAAUUAGCGGGCUGUUCCUUUUAACCAAAGCUCUUGAAAAAUGUAUAUAACUUUUACCUUUAUCAUGAAUGAGUUUUUAGCCUGUAUUUGAGCUUCAGUACCCAGGUUGUUUUAGAGGGGCUUAGAUUUAAACAUACUUAAUUCCAGGUGGUUGCUGAACUGUUCUAAAAUUACGAAGGUUUGACUAAUAAGCGUUUGAAAAAUCACAGAGUGAAAUCAGCUGUCUACAGAUAGACUGUAUGCUGAUAAUGUUUCAUUUUCUUGCUCAGGAGAAAACUCUCAGUUUAAUUCAUUGUUGUCUGCUUUCAGAUGUUUUACAAAAAGAAAUGGUUUAUCACUUAUGUGCAUUGCCACCAUUCUCCUUACCCCCCAAAAGUAGAGUUUUUAUAGGAUAUGGUAGAGUCCAAACUUAGGACUAUCUUUUUAAUUAAAAAAAAAUGGUUGAUUUCAGUUUUGCCUUUUCAGUAUAAAAUCUGAUAGAUCGCAUUGACUUACUCUAAAAUUUCUGGAAAGAGUGUAUUCUGGCAGUGGCACAGUUCUCUGAUGCUGUAGUGACUUUCUGGAAAAACCCUUCUGUUCGACAGUAGGAACAAGUUCAUCUCUUAGUGGUGCCUGUUCAUGUAAAUGUUAAUUCUUUAUUGUGCUGUUCCUGGAUUUAUUCUUGUUGCCUUGUGCUACUUUGUGCCAGAGGAUCUCACAAACAUCUUAGAAUAUGGCUCCUUUUCUGGAUCAACAUAACUAACAGCGAGCAACUAAGGUGGCACUGCUUUUCUACAUAUUGCUCUACUACUGAAGAAUCCAGAGGGGGCAAAAAAGCCACUUGAUGAAAGUGUUGUAGCCCCAGGGGCAGAAGGCAGCACUCUAAAAAAUUUGGGGGCAGCAAAUAGUGCUGGGGAAAAUCUCAUUCUUUUAAUUCUGAGAGGCCCAGCGACUUUCCCCUAGUGAAAAUGUUGACUGAUAGUUAAGUCCUAGAGACUAAGGAAACACCAGUUGUGGGCUAAAUGACACAGCAGACAUUGGAAUUGGCAUCCCAGCUGUACCAGACAUCUGGAUUCUGAUUUUAGUAGCUUAAUAUUUCAAGUCAUUUUUCCUAGUCAGCCAGAAGCUUGCUAUUUCAUGUUGAGAGGAGGAGGAGGUGACUCUUGGGGAAAAAUAGAGCCAUGACCAGCAAGAGAACAUAGUUCAAUAUGGACCGUCAGAUGUUGAAGAAGCAUAACACACUCCCAGGGUUGAGUUGUGCUGUAUUCAAACAGGCUGCCUCUUAGUGUUUCAUUCCCUCUCCAUUCUGAUGCUGCCAGUUUUUCCCUUUUACCUGUUUAUAAAGUAAGUCUGCUGGUAACCAGGGCUCUGAGUUUCUCACUGCUGUCUCUGUAGCCUAGCCGCCUAACUUGGGGGGGUGGGGGGAGAAUGUGAGCUCACUCACGGUUCUUGAUCAGUGAAUAAGAUUUGUCACUUAAGCAUUUGUGUUACAUGCCAGAUGUAACAACCACAUUUUGGUACUGUAAGUCACCUGUUAGUCCUUGCAGAGCGGGGAAGGCUUAAGAGUAAAGAUGUAUUAGCUACCUAAGGGGUCUUAAAUCAUACUAACUGGUGCUAUUGCUGAUUUCAUCUUUCUUUUGUUCCACUUGGGAAUGAGUUAAUGCCAUCCUCCACUACACUCCCCCCACAUACUGUGUUGCUGUACAGAGAUGGUUAUGUCCUUUAUACAUAACUCCCUUCUGUGGUGUGAGCCUAUGGGACCAGCAGGGUCCCUCAGCUAUAAAUCUGGCUAAAGUGGAAAGACUAAUGCAGCUCUUACUUUCUGAAGUAGAUACUGCCAAUUAUCUUUGCUUCUGUGACCGCUAAAUUGACAGGUUGGAAUUGGAAAUGUCUGUUGCCUCCAAGCUUUUAAGACAGUUUCACAUGGAUAAUCAGCUUAGCCAUAGCAGUAACCCAUGUUAACUGAAUUCUUUGAGCAGUGUUACACACCCAGCACUUCCACGCUGUGGUAGAAAAGAAAGCAAAAUAAGGUGCUUGUUCUUAAAGACCUAAGGUUUUAAAUUAUACAAGUAAGUGCUCGGUUGUACUUGUGCAUGUACAGGGUACACUCAUGUCCUACAGGAACUGGAUGGAUAAGGGUUUCCUGGCCAGUUGCUAAAUAAGUAUAAUGGAAGUAUAAUGGAAGCAGGUAUAAUGGAAGCCUUGUGUGUAAGCUGAGGAAAGGCAUGAUCUCUAACUGAGGUUCUUGGGGACACAAUAUAUUAAUUUAGAAAAAUGAAAUGUUUAAUAGUGUGAGGGAACACAGUGGCACUACCUAAAAUGGUGUUUGUCCUGGAAGCUCUUAAAGUUGUCCCAAAACAGUGUAGUCUGAGUGGCAUGACUGAGCUGAAUGGUGAGUAAGGCAGGCAGGUGAGGGUUGUACUAGGGGUGUUCUGACUUAGCAGAGGGAUAGAACCUUUUAUCUUUUUGAUAACCCUUUGACUAGCUGCCACGUACCACGUAGAACCAAAUGGCCUAAUAAGACAUUCAUAAAUGCUCCAGAAUUAAGUGAAUUUCCCCAUCGAUUUCACCACUUACCCAGCCCACUAUCUGAAAUUGAUUCUUUUCUAGUUUUGCCUUGAUUCGAAAGAGUUUUAGCCUUUCUAUAUGAAAUGUCCACCUCUUUGUUCUUGUUCUUCUAGACCAGUGGUAUUCCAAUAGACUCGUCCAAUGGAAAUGUUCUCGUCAGCAUUCAUAUGCUAAUUAGCCACUGUAGUUACUAUUUUUUUAAAGAUUUUAUUUAUUUUGAGAGAGAGCAUGUGAGCCAGGGUGGGGGGGGGGCAGAGGGCCAGAGAGAGAAUCUCAAGCAGACUGCACACUGAGCAUGGAGCCUGAAGCGGGGCUCAGUCUCACGACCCUGAGAUCAUGACCUGAGCCAAAGUCAGGAGUCAGAUGCUUAACCGACUGAGCCACCCAGGCACCCCGCCACUGUAGCUACUAUUAAAUUUGAAAAGCCAGCCAGUGGCUACUGUAUUGAACACUGCAAUUCUAGAUUGACAAAGCGAUAGAAUUUCGUCUUCCAUAUCUGAUCUUUGGAGAUCACCGUGUUUGGCAAUACUGACCAAUAGAAAUAAGAGUCACUUAUGUUAUUUAAAUUUUUCUAGUAGCCACGAAAAAGGUAAAAAGAAACAGGUGAAAUUAAUAAUAAAUUUUAGCCCAGUAUAUCUGAAAUGUUACUAUUUCAGUAUAUAAAAUUAUUGAGCUGUUUUGGUACUGUUUUCAGUUUAUACUUUACAGCACAUUGUGAUUUGAACUAAGCAUAUUUCAAAUGCUCAGUAUCCAUUUGUGGGUAGGAGGCCAUCCUUCUGGACAGUAGAUUUAGAAUAUGAGAAAAGUUACCCCAGUCAUUUCUCUUUCAGCUGUUUCUUUUGAAUAUUUGAAUUUUGUUGCAUUCCUCCUAACCUUUCCCAUUCCUGUUAUGUUGGCAGUCUUCUGUAUCAGUUAAUUUGCCUCGGUUACCAUUUUCAUGGGCUACAGUUACCUUAUCCCCCGGCUAACUGGUUCUUACAUUGUGAAAUUAUUAAUCCACCAAAAUCCAGCAGAACUAGAAUCUCCCCCAUCCCCCGCCGACCCCCACCCUGUACCCCAUCUACAAUGGCAAGUGGGCAACUCAUUGUGUGUGUGUAACGCAAUUUACUUAUUGUUCAAACCCUCACUUUUCUCAACUUCCCUAAUCUACAAAUUCUGAAUAACAACCCAUUUUAAGACCUCCCAUGUUUCCCAAGUGGAUUUAUUCCAGUAAGAGGGACUUGAACUAGGAACAGUAGGUAGGUUUCUUUCCCAAGGCUCUGGUCUGCUGCUUUUCACUUGGCUUCUUUAUGCCAUAGAUCACAUUUCACAGUGGAAAUGCACAAGCUCUUGUUGAUGUCCUUGCCCUGGAGAUGCUCAGGGAGAUGGUCCAGUACUGUUGUCUUCUGCACUCUGCAGGUAACAGGCAGGGGUCUCAUUAAAAGAAGGUAGAUUAACGGAAUGUAGAUUCCAGCAGGGCAGACUAGGGGCAGAAUUGGCUGAAUUAGGUAUUCUCUGAAAAUUUUGGUAAAAAUCAAAUUUUCCUGAGCUUAAUUCUACUUUGUUUGUAGAGUUGAUGCUUGUUUUUUAAGGUUUAUUCCUUUGAAUAAACUUAAAUUCUAGUCCUGUUCAUGUGGAGAUUAGCAGUUCCUCUGUUCCUGCCCUGAUGGACAACUAGGGGAAACGUGAUGGGUGCAGAAUUCUUUUCCAUCUAGUAUAAGUCUAGCUGGUGUGGUCAUGGGAAGAGGCCACAUGAGCCUCAGCUGCUCAUGUGGAGUGGCUGGGUGGAUUUCAGGUUGGACUGGAUUACAAGGUGUGAGCUGUUGCUAAAAGGGAUGGAAUAGAAAUCAUAUUCUCAGACUUGUGAUUCGUUACUUACUGUAUGUCCCAGGAUUAGUCAUUUUCCUUUCUCUGGCCUCAGUGUUUUAGACAAUGAGAUAAUCUCAUCAUGCCCAGUUAAAAGCUUCUGUGAUUCUGUGAACCCAGCCAUUCUGUUUCUUUCUGGAAGUUUGUAGGUAAUUUGAAGCUUAAACUACAGAAAAAUCAGUGGAACUCAAAAUUUUGGUCUGGUUACUGCUCUGCUGCUUUUUCUGAUUUUGACAGCAGUCUCACACUGCAGCUUGAGAAUUUCCUUAGGAGAGAAUAGUAGAGAGGUUCUUCAUUCCCACCGGUUAGGUCCUCUGGAGCAGGUAGACCAGAGGCCUUUUUCUUGGUUGUCCCGUGAACCAACAGGUUAGAUAAUGGUACCACAAAGGAUCCAUUUAUGAGCACUGAGAAGAGGAGCAGUUAACACGUUGGGCACUUACUCUGUUAGUGUCAGGCAGGGGAUACUUUGCAUGGUUGGCCUCGUUUUAUCUUCACAGUAACCCUGUAAAGUUGACAUUUUUAUUCUUUUCCCCACCUUACAAGUGGGGAAAUCCAGGGGAAGAGAAGCAAAGUAACUUGCUCAAAGUCUCAUUAAUAGUAAGGGUAAGCAGAGAUUAUUCUAAUCAUGGGCUGCCUGCAUGACUCCAGAGGCAGAACCCCUCCUUCAACCAUUGCCUGUCCCUGACUUUUGGGAGAAGAUGUAGGAGGCUGCUGGCAACACUCUUCUUGAGCCUGCUAGGGAAGGGAUUCUGGUCUUGCUCCAAUACUCUAAUGUUUAUUUUGAAGUAGGCGGGUGGAGGCUUUGUGUAAACCCAUUCAGAGUCCUAGGGCAGAGAAAAACUCCCACUCCAAUACUGUCCUAUCUUGCUUGAAGGCCGUAUGUUCUUCCUCAGUUUGCUUCUUUCCCCAUAUCCAAUUUGCUCCACAAGCUAGGUUCUCUUUGAAGAGUUGGACACGGGUUGUCUUUGUUCAAACUUUGGAUAAGUCUUCUGGGGAUGUAUAGUUUGACUUCCAAACUUUUUUGACCUUCACAGAAUAUACCAGGAUGGGACACCCUGUGACCCUUUACUGUACCAUAUUUUCUUGCUUUUCACUUUUUGUGUGACAUUCACAUUUUAAGUUUUAUAGUAUUGCCAAAUACAGUGGCAGCCAGACUACUUAGUAUUAUAUGGAUCUAAACCAAACUAUUGCUUAAAAUUUUAAUUUUAAACACAAUUUUUGUAGCCUGUAGUCGUGUGUAAAAAAAUGUAUCUUUUUAUAGUAAGGAUUUACAUAUUUGGUUUAGUUUGUGACCUGUGAGGACUGUCUUUGGGGCUGCUAAUUUAAGUUUGGGGGAUCUCUGAGUUACAAAGGGAGAAGCAGGGGUAAAGAAAAACUUGCUGACCUUAUCCAUGUCCCUUGAGGAGGCAGAGAAGGAAAGGAACUGUGGUGAUGGUCAUAGUUCGUCUUUUCCAAUCUGAAGGGCAAAGAGUAUUCCAUGGGUGGUGCUCUGCCCAUUGGGAGCCUGUUGAGAAUUUCCUGAUUGGCUUUCAAGACUUGAACGAGCAUCUGAGCUGCUCCAGCAUGGCAAGGUAGGCAACAGGAGUGUGAGCAUGGCUUUGGUUUGUUGAAGGAGUGAUCCUGCCACCCAGACAUUUUGGUGCUCUAUUCUUCCUCUUCAAAGCCUGGAAAUGGGAUUGAAGGCUGGUUCCUUUCUUUGUUAGGCUUUUGGGAAGGGAAGAGGGCAGUGUGAUACCUGAGCAUGAAAGACCAAUGAGUUUCAGCUCGACUGGCACUGAAUUGGAUCCAAGAGAAGAGAUGUGUUCAUGGAUUUAUGAAGAGCAGAGUUAGACUCUCCAAGGCAGGGAAGGGGGUGCCAUAGAAAAUGGACAAGUCACUCUCUUUUGACAGAGUGGGUUUCCCAGUCAACAGAGGUAAACCGGCCAGCUGUGGGAAGGGAAGCUCUGAUUUUUAGCAUUUGCCCAAUUUCUGUGGCUUAAAACUUUACCAUAUUCAUUUACAAAAUUACCUGAUAUUUAACACUUGUCUCCUGCAAACCAUACAAGCCUGCUCUAGCACACUGCUGCAAGCCUCCCUCGAGGUGCUUUGAAUUGCUAUCAUGUGCUUAGGUUUAUGCUAUGUGAAAUAGAUGCUGAAGCAGUGUUUGUUUUAAAGAUGUUAUUUUACAGACAGGUGAGGAGCUGGAAACGUUGACAAUACAAUUGUGAUGUGGACUGAGUAUAGUAGUCCAGAGUGAGAAAUUGUUGAGUGAUGGAGAUAUUGUGAAAAAGAGCCUAUGAGAGCUAGGCUUGAAGGAUGAUAAUAGCUAACACUUACUGGUAAUAAUAGUUCCAGACUGUGCUAAGCACCUUGCAUACAUUAUAUGAAUCUUCCAAAAAAGAUAAUAUCCCCCACUUUACUAACCCAAGGCUUAGUAUUUUGCCUGUAGGACAUCAUUCUAGUGAGUGUGUAGUAGUAUCUCAUUGUGGCUAGGGAGAGAAGUAAGGCCAGUAUUUGGAGCCUGGUCACUUCGCCACAGAACCCAUAGUCUUGCCCACUACAUUACAUUGCUGUUGGUUAUAAGAAGGAAAGUUCUUCAGGAGAGGAGGGUAUGACUUUAGUCCGAAGUUCUAGACGAGGUAGGAGUCAGAAACAAGGAGUCCUUGUUUUGUUUAGCUAUGUAUGUGUCCUUAGCUAAAUCACAUUCUACCUCUCUGCCUUGAAUUGAGGGACUUGGUUUUAAAUGAUCACUCAGUUCCUUUUUAUUUCUGACAAUGGAGAAAAGCGGAAGAAAACAGCCUACAAGGGAGAGCAGAAGGGAACAAGUCUUCAAGUGGUAGAAAGCAAAGGCAGAAAAGAUUGGUCCUAUAUAUAUACUUAGUUGUUUCUGUUUGCAGUUCCUGACUAGCACCAAAUGGAAAGGUUAGGAGUGUUGGGAGCACAUAGAAAUAACAAGCUAGUCUUCUGUGUUAAGUGUUCCUAAAAAGCUUAUUUCUCCCUUGAUGGCUUCAGCAGCAGGUUAGGACUAGAUUUGGGUCAUUUCGAGGAUCCUUGGAUUACCACUCCUUUCCUAGCAGUAAUUAACAAAUAUUUACAAAGCACCUGCUAUGUGUGAGUCACUAGAACGGGAGCAAGACAGAUCUGGUCCCUUCUCUUGUUGAAUCUAUAGUCUAUUAGAGGUUAUAUUUAAAUAAACAAGUUGCACAUUUUGAUAGGUUUAUGAGAAGCUGGGUUUUGUUGGAGUUAGGGAAGGUCUCUGACUUUGUUGAACUGAGAAUGGAAAUGAAGAGACCAGUUAAGAGACUGUUACAGACAUCCAGGCAAGCAAGAUAUGCUGGUUCAGAAGAGAGUGCACACAGAGACCUGGCAAAUAUUACCCAGACCUCUCUUACAAAAGUAAAUGAGAAAAUUUCUGAGACUUUUGACUCACUUAAAUGUAAUAUUUUAUAUGGUUUUGUAAAAUUUGAGUCCUAUAAAGGAGGCUGAAAGUCCCAUGAGAUUAAUUAUAAUGGCACUGGAUGAAAAGUAAAUGAGUCUGGCGUAAGGAUGUAGCUGUUCAAAGGAUAUAGGACAGAACAGUGACAUGAACUAGGAAUUUUAAUUCUGUAAGAUUUCUAAACAGAGGUAGGCUUGGAAAUAGAUUUUAAAGGAGAUCAACAGGAUUUGGGGAAGAUUAAUAAUCCCAGGCAUUAGACAAUUUAAAGGGAAUAUGACUCAAAGGAUAGAAAAGUACGCAUUAUAAAGAUUUGCUUAUAAAGAAUUGCUAAUUCCAAUGAGAAGCAAAACAGGGAGAUUGGGGAAAAAACAACUGGUAGCACAAGAAGCUCUGGUCUCUUAGAAAUGGAAUCCAGUCCCAUAUGUAUAUGUGGGCCAACAACAUUCUGGUUGGGGUUUUAGUCUGGUCCGAGAAGAAACUGAAAAAGGAUAGAACAGGACCAAUUGUGGGGAAGGGGUAGACAUGGUAAUAAACUGGGAAAGAAUGCUCUUGUCUACCAGAAAUUGAGGCCUAGCACCAGAAGAAACACCUGGCCCACUGCCAGUGUGUCUUCCCCAGAUCAAAAACCUCUCUGUCUAGGAUCUUUGAGAAGUCACAGAGUGAGGGAAAAGGCAGCAGCUCCCGUUGUUGCCUGUAACCUCACCACCACAGAUAAUUACUGGUAAUACUUUGGUAGUUCUCAACAAAGUGUCAGGGAUAAACCCGGAGUUCUCCACUUUUGAGUCCUCCACUUAAAUUUUUCCCCAACAUUUUAUUGUGAAAACUUUGAGCAUACAGAAAAGUUGAAAAAACUAUACA